UGGGAGAGACGCGGGACGCGCCGGCGUGGAGCUGUGUGGGGACGGAGCAAAGGGAACACGAAGAUCCUCCCGAGUGGGAGUGAGUGUUCGCCUGGGCGGCGGCGGCCAGAAAUACGGAAAGAGAACCGCCCGUCCCAGAUUGUUGGCCUUUUACCCCAAACGCGCGCUCACACACGUGGUGUCUCACGGCCGUUUUGUAGUUAAACGUUAGAAAUGCGCGGGCAUCUCGAGGCGGCAUUAGGCUCCGCCGCGCGCGCCGCCCCCGGGCCGAGGGACGUCGGGUUGAGACUCGCGAGGGGUCUGGCCUGGGGCGACGGGAUGACCGUCUCUGGCACGCGUUCCUGCUUUUCUCUAAACUUCUCCUUCAGAAAUGUGCCACAAACCUGCAUUUUUGGUAUUUAGAAGAAGAAAAUAGAAGGGGAAUGAAAACGAAAGUGAGACAAUUUUAGAAAAGAAGGGACUUUCCUAAAUGUUGACGAAACUGGGAUGUUUAUUUAAUCUGCACAAGAACAUCUCCUUGGAACUUACUCAAACGCAAACCCCUAAGGGUUAAAUGAGCCUCUUCAUAUGAGGUGAUUUUACAAAAAGGAAUGCCUCACAAAGAACUACAAUUAGGUAAAAGAUGGUAUAAAAGGAAAGGGCAAAGGAAGUGUUUUUUUCAGUUGAUACUGGUUGUGAAGCAUGUGUCCCAACCUGCUGGCAAGUGUUGAGAAAACUGAAAUCUGACUUUCUGAUAGUUUUUCCAACUACGUAUGUUAGGCUCAAAAGUAGCAUUAGUAGAAAAGCCGGACUUGGCGUUCACUCUGAGCAGUGUAGCCGUCUCUGUCCUCCGCCCCAGAAUCACAAUUGGGAUGACGGAUUCCCUGUGUGUGGCUCAACUCUCAGAUCAGCCAUCUAUUCAGUGGCCACAAGAAAAGUCUCAGCCUGGUGCAGGUCCCGAGUGCUGCCGCAUAAUAAGCCUCCUAGUAUUAUCGGACCUCAGGCGUCAUCUUGCCCCUCGUAAUCAUACCCAAGAGUCAAAUGUGCGAGUCGGUGAUGAGGACUCUUGUUUCUCCUCCUCGCGGUCAAGAGGGGGGCAGACUCAGAAGCCACGCCUGCGCCCUGAUUUACAAGUCGGAGACAGAGGGGGACGAAAACCACACACCAGACAGGAACUUGGUCGGACUCACCACCACGAUGCUAAAAGUGAAGAGGCUGGAAGAAAUCAACACGUGUUACCACGGUGACCAGCUGGAGAAAAUGGCCUUUUUUCAGUGCAUGGAAGAGGUGGAGGAAGUGAAGUGUAUUCUGGAAGAAAGUUCUAGUGAGCAGGAUUCGAGAUCUGGGAAGAGUGAGGCUAAGGAGCAGUUGUGCUCACACCCCGGCCUGAAGGAAACAGCACCAGCCAAAGGCAAAAGGACAGCGCCUCCCACAGACGAGGCCUGGGCACCGCCUGCGCCGUUUGAUCACCGCAUCGUGACAGCCAAGCAGGCCGCCGUCAACAGCUUCUACACCGUGAGCAGAACAGAAGUCUUAGGAGGGGGGCGCUUCGGCCAGGUUCACAAGUGUGAGGAGAAAGCCACAGGUAUGAAGCUGGCGGCCAAGAUCAUCAAGACCAGAGGCAUGAAGGACAAGGAUGAAGUGAAGAAUGAGAUCAAUGUCAUGAACCAGCUGGACCAUGUGAACCUCAUCCAACUCUACGACGCCUUCGAGUCUAAGAAUGACAUCGUCCUGGUCAUGGAGUAUGUGGACGGAGGGGAGCUCUUCGACCGCAUCAUUGAUGACAACUACAAUCUGACCGAGCUUGAUACCAUCCUGUUCACCAGGCAGAUAUGUGAGGGGAUAAGACACAUGCAUCAGAUGUACAUCCUACACUUAGACCUGAAGCCUGAGAACAUCCUGUGUGUGAAUCGGGAUACUAAACAAAUAAAAAUUAUUGACUUUGGAUUGGCCAGAAGAUACAAACCCAGAGAGAAGCUGAAGGUGAACUUCGGAACUCCAGAAUUCCUCGCCCCUGAAGUUGUGAACUAUGAUUUUGUUUCCUUUUCCACGGACAUGUGGAGUGUGGGAGUCAUCACUUACAUGCUACUCAGCGGUUUGUCCCCCUUCCUGGGAGAUAACGACGCCGAGACCCUGAACAACAUCCUGGCGUGCAGGUGGGAUCUGGAGGAUGAAGGAUUUCAGGACAUCUCAGAGGAGGCCCGGGGGUUCAUCUCCAAGCUUCUGAUCAAGGAGAAGAGUUGGAGAAUAAGUGCAAGUGAAGCCCUCAAGCACCCUUGGCUGUCGGAUCACAAGCUCCACUCCAGGCUCAGCGCACAGAAGAGGAAGAAUUGCUGCUCUGAUGCCCAGGACCUGGUGGCCAAAUAGUCCCUGGAGGGCGCCCUCUUGAAAGGAAAACUGCUGCGGUUACUGCUGCUUGGAGAAGAUUUUUGGAAAAUUCAGCAGUUCUGAUGCCUUGACCCCUAAGGGGACUGGCGGCUCUGGGGGAGGGGAAGCCGCCACACUCAGAGAACUCUGAGCACCUCUGCCAGGCUCGCGGGGCCGGGGGCGCCCAGAGCUGCGGCCCAGGGGGCAGGCAAGCCUGCACCUCGCCUCACAGCCCACUCCCUGCAGCAGUGCACACCCCAGAAGACGUUUCCCUGCCAUCCUGAGCUUUAGAACUUUCGAUCUCAGUCACUGGGGCGCGGGGUGCAUUAUUUCUGCAAUUUCUCAGAUCCCUAGAGCAAUCAUACUGGAGAUUUAGUUGAGAUUUUAAAACAUGUUGGAUGCAGAGGUUAACUAUUAUAUAUAGAAUGAAUAGACAACAAGGUCCUACUGUAGAGCACAGGGAACUACAUUCAAUAACCUGUGAUAAACCAUAACAGAAAAGAAUAAGAAAAAGAAUGUAUGUAUAUGUAAAAAAAAAAAAACCACGUUGGAUACAUUUAGAGGGAGAAUUGCCUUUCAAAGCGGUGAGUACGGCGCCAGAAAAAAUUCCAAGUCUGGUGCGCACUUGACCGCUUAGUUUCUCAGACUCUAUUACUUGGCUUUGGUCUGAAAUCAGGUGAAUCCAAUUGAUAAGUAAUUUGCCUCCUGGAACAUAAGCUUCCUUUGAAUUCUGAGGCAAGAAGCAUCAGACAUUCUGUCUUCAUUUAUUCUGAAAUCCCCUCCAGGAGCAGCAGUGUCUUCUAAGCAGCAGAUCUACUUCCAAGCGAGGCACGUGUGUUGUCGCCCUGCACCCCGUGCUCUUCCGAGGGAAACUUCAUCCACAUGGGGCACACUGGCUUUGAGAGAUGGUGUAUGGUUAGUCUUUACAAUCAGGACCUUUGGAAUAGUGUUAACAGUCCCGAGAGCGUCCCUCAACCUGCCUGCAACAAGAAGAGAUGGGUCUGGUGGGUCCUGAGGGGGACAGUGCCGUGUUUCCUGUCAAAGUGACCCAGGUAAAUGCCAGCCCGUGUGAGGACCAGUGACCUCACCCACGUGGCGUCUCUGUGGCUCAGCCCCGUGCAGGGAGCCUUGGACACUGAAGGCCAGGGGCACCUCCGCUCACUUUGGGGAUGUGACAGUGGUUUCCAGUCGGAAGCGUCUUCUUGUUCCCGAGCUCGUGUGCCAUUUUGUCACAGACAUUCAACAGGGGACGUGAGCCCUGCUGCAGGAAUGGGCGUUGUUUCUUUACAAAGCAGAAGCGAUGCAGAGGGAUUACACGCCCAGCACCACGCCCGCCACUAGCAUCUUAAGCCUCCCUCACAUUUUCCACUUCCAAGUACCUGUUGUCUUGAGAUCAGCUAUAAUAAUGUCUUUAUUUUUAGCUUAAAUCGUUCUAGCCUGCAGUUGUCUCAACAGCGACAAAACAAAAUAAGAGCAGCUCGGGGCUGCCUGGGCCAGGGCGGACCUGACGUGCGUUGGCUUUUCCCAGCAUCCCACCGGUGAAUCCUCAUCGCCUGCCCACGGAUAACUACGCUUGCAACAUCCUUUUUCUUGUGUUUCAGGUACGGGGGAAGCAGAGGCAGAAGACGAGGUGUCAUUAGUUCAGGCCACACGCCAAUUUAUUGGUCGUGCUGGCUGUGGAAGGUCCUCCUUUCCGGCCUCUGCUCUUGCAUUACGAUGCAUCUCUUUCUUUCUUCCUUGGGCCUAUGCAUUUAUCCAAGGUUGGCUUCUCCUGUUCCUGUUCUGUGACUAUGUUUCAAAUGUUUAAUUUAGUUUCCUUAAAAUACACACACACACACACACACACACACACACAGCCCUGUGAUUGAAGUGUUAUGUUACCGCGCUAUCUUUAGCUGCUGGUAUUCAUCGAGUCUGGAAAAAUACAAGCUGGUGCAGGCUUAAUACUCAGCCCGCAGAGAGCUGGCAUCCACUCAAAUGCUGAACAGGACACGGGGGUCUGGUGUGUUCCCCUCCGGCCCGAGCAGGGGGCCUUUGCAGGGCGUGCAGAUCGCAUCCACCCCGGCUCACUUUCCCCAGGCCCUGCUGCACACACAGGAAGGGGAUGGCUUCGGCCAAAUGAAGCAGUGAUUUCUUUGCCAAAUUCAUUCACUGAUGACCCCACGGUCAGUGGGUGUGAUUUCUUUUUAGGGGUUUAGGAAGGAGACACUACUUUGGAAAUGGCUCUCCUUAGGAUUUGUAGCUAUAUUUCCACCUCGGAUGGGGACGUGUCCCCAUGCCAGCAGGGGGCCUUUUAUAUGGGAGCGGGGGAGAGUCUGCACUGCAGAGCUGAUUAUUACAGUCUGCAGUUACGGUGAAAUGGGAAAGUUUCGGUCUCCUGCUCGGCCGGUCCCCUCCCUCCACGCCUUGCAGCACGUGGCCGCUCUGAUGGGAAGCGGGCUUUGCACAUCGGAAGAAUCAAACCAGAUGCGAGCGUGGACCCGAGGAGCGGAGUCUGGCUGCACUGGGGUUAUUGUGAUCAACUUUUCCAAGAAGUCACGAGGUCUGGAGGCCGCAUUGCUUCUCCACCCUCUUAAUGGACGUGACAAUCUUGCUCACUCCCUUUAGGCCGCUGCCGUUUCUCCAGUAAGUGCAGGAAAUUAAGCACCAGUGGGGCACUUCCUGCUGCCUGGAGAGAAGUAAACUUCACAAGCUAUUAAGGAAAAAGCACAUCACAUUCGUAAUUCGUAAGAUACCAACGGUUACCCAGAAUCUGUUGCUGUUUAAAAAUCAGGGAGAAAAGAGCUCAUGCCCAAUUUGUGACAUAAAACCCUCUGGAAUGGAUUCUCACCUGAAUUAACUUGGGGAAACUCUGGGUUGAAGUUGGGUAACUCACAUCUGUUGAGUACCGUAGGUUUGCUUGUAGUUGCUUUCUGUCUGACUUGAUAUUAUUUUGCUUUCUUUCCUCAAAAAUGUAAACUGGCCUGGUGCACUGUCACGCUGCCGCAGACGCUGAUGUGAUGUGGUCUGAAGAUGUGUGAACACCAACGUUUUCACCGUUUUUAUGGAAAUUAGUGCAGCAAAUUUUUUUUCUUGUUUUAGAAUAAAGUAUGGAUUUUGUAUUAGGGAAACGAGCAAGGCUCUCGUUUUAUUCCUUUUUUGUCCUUCCGCUCCCACUACCCUGACCCCCCGCCCCCCGGUUGGGGUAGGGGGGCAAUAUCAGGCAUGAGCUUCUUCAGUCUGAAAUGUAGGCCAGUCGAGGGGACCUCAUUUGGAAACUGAUUUGUGACCUGGUAACGAGGGCAGGGCGGGGACCUCAGCGGCCGAGGGCGGGGGCUCAGCUCAGCUCUGUCCCCUGGAGACUCCAUAGUGGGUUCAGGGCGCUCCUCCAAGGCCGUGCCCUUCUCAGCAGCCAUGAUGCCACCCACUUUGCUUUUGCUCCAUCCUUUUAUUUUUUUACUUCUUUCUCUUUUUAAGUUAGAAUCAAAGUGCAUCUUCUUAUCCAUCACCGUGCUCCUCUAGAGCCUCUGUGAGAUGAAAAGUAUGUUUCCAAAAGUCAAGUUGCUUUCUGUCCUAAAGGAAACGUGAUGCUGCACUUACUGGAUGUGACUUCCGGGAUUAGGGUGACUUCCGUGCGUGGCAUGAAAUCUACAGCUUCUCGCCUUAGAGGGUCUGUGUAUUUCUCCCAGCUUCUGACGCAGUCAGGUGUGUUUUCCCUAAGCGGUCUUUGUAUGGGCAGUUUCACCUUCCGUGAAGGCUUCUAACUCACCCCCUACUGCCCACUCAAAGGAGCAGAAGAUGCCCUACACCCGCCUGGGCCUGUGUUGAGUCCUGUGUGCUCUGUAGUUGUUCUGGCUGAUAGACGCCAGCGAGCCCUUUGGAUGAGGUUUCUCAGUGGAGAUAAGAAAUAAAAACGGAGCCAUAA